AUGGAUCCCUUCGCAAAACUCCCAACCGAAAUCAUUUGGCAGAUUCUCGAAUCAUGUGACGACUUCACCAGCUUGGAGGGACUCCAACAAGUGUCUCCCCAAGUGGAGCAAGCAUUCAACGGCUCGUACAAAACCAUCACGGAAAGCAUCCUCAGAAAUUGUUCCCAUGCCUCACGGGGACUUCAUGGCUAUUUCACGCUCCUAGUCUCUAUUCAGUCGAUGCCAUUCACCCCAGCAGCUCUGCUAGGAGAGCUUCUUAGUUUGUCGGAGGGUGAUGCGCGACCUGUUUCCCUUCCAGCCACCCACACACAAGCCGCGGUGCGUCAGACUGUGGCUACAGCAGCAAAGAUUCAUCGCACCGCCUGUGCUUGUCUCCGGUGUCUUCUAAACCGUCUCGAGGCCGCCGAGCCCCGCCUUCCUUUGGCUUCCAGCUCUGAUGUUGCGAAAUGGGCGCACGGCAGACAUGCGCCCCCCAAAGGUGGCCAAGUGAUCCAAUUCAAUGUUGAUCCGCCAUCAUGGAUCGAGUCUUAUCGGACGCAUCGAGGCCUCUGGACACUUGAACUCCUUGGCGAGAUCCAUAAUGCCGCAACAAAACGCUGGAUGUGGUCUGUGCCCGAGCUGAACGAUUUCAUUGAAAAAACAUACUUGAAAUGGUGUGACCAUUGGGGGGGAUUGGAAGAGCUCGAGACGAUCUCGGAGUGCGUGAUCGAUCUAUCUUCCUCCCAACCAAUAAUACUCAGACCUUCAUUGAUUGCUGCGAUUCCUCCACCCAACGAUCUGAUGCUAAAGGCAUGUUGGCCGUUACCGACAGUCGAAGAAGAUGCGACGUUUAAUUCAAAAUGGCACCGAGCUCCACAUUUCGCCCGCACCGGAAACAACGUGGGGGAUUAUUUCAAUAUGCUUCGUGGUGGACAAAAUGGGCGUGGUUCUCACCCUCUCUGGAAAGUGGAUUUCAAAGCGUUCCGAAAACUUGGCAUACCUCUAUGGGACAACCGGCGAUUGAACCAAAUGGGAAUUAUGCCACAGCCUCGCAGUGGGUUUGCUCCAAUGGCUGGUCCAGAAUCAGAAUCAGAUUUAUAUGAACGACCCCGUUGGAGUUACGCUUACACAUGGUUUAGUCUAGCUAAGGAGAGUGAAGGGUCCCCACGGUCUGUGUGA